GUGUAUUAUUUGCGCUACCAAUAACUACUGUUUACAAAGUGUAAUGCAGUGUACAUGUAUGUACUUCCUCAUACUUUCUGGGAUAUUAACCCAUGUAAGUCAAUGGACACAUCGAAACACAACCUUUGUUGGUGUAGGUUUUGGUCCAAUGCUUGACAAAGACACACUAUUUUUGUGCCCAAAGCAAAUAAGCCAAUGUUUUCAUUGUGGACCAAACAUUUUUUUUAGUGCGUCAUAGCAAAAGUUCAGCCCAUAAAAAGUCGUCUUGUCUGCACUGAAAGUACGAAACUGCCUACAAAAUAACAUUAAUUGGUUAUCAGUUUGCAUUAAAAAUGGAACCAGCUUGUAUGAAAAUGACCCUGUUGGUCUUCCUGGCCGUGUUUGCUAUGAGAGCAAGGUCCCAAACUCAGCAUAGCAUUGGGCCCUACACAACGAGCGAGACUGAGCGAUGUGUGUGCCAGCCACACAUCACAGUCAACCCGCCAGUUUGCGGACGAUCCGUUCCCGUGAACUCCGGUACCGGCGGCUACAACUGUACGACCGUCCAGGAAAUACUUCGUACAGUAUCAAUAAAUCAAGAAGAUACAACACGUAAAGUAGAUACUGUUUCCUCCGAGCUGACCGAUACUAAACGUAUAGUCGAGGAAUUGCAAGCAAAUCAGGAGACUGUCUCCUCCGAGCUGACUGGUACUAAACGUAUAGUCGAGGAAUUGCAGGACACAGUCUCAGCGGUCUCCUCGGAGGUCCAGGGUUUAAGACGACAGCUUGAAGAUCUUCAAGUGUCUGUUUCUACCUUGAUUGAAUUCCUUCAUGUUAGACUUGUCCCUCCAAAUGAUUGUUCCGAGAUUCUUGCAAGGGGUGAAUUGAUCAGUGGCGUGUACCCGGUUCAACCUCUAGACUCCGGUGAAGCUUUCCAGGUAUACUGUGAUAUGGAAACAGACGGUGGUGGAUGGACGGUUUUCCAGCGGCGUCAGGACGGCAGUGUAGAUUUCUAUUUGGACUUUGCCAACUACAGCCGGGGCUUUGGGAAUCUAGAGGGAGAGUUUUGGCUCGGUAACGACAACUUGCACCGUCUGACUGCUCAGGGCGAGUACGAACUCCGCGUAGAUCUCACAAGCCUCGACGACGAUACCGGCUUUGCCUGUUAUGGCUCGUUCAGCAUCGCCGAUGUAAGCGAUAACUACACGCUUACAGUGGGAAAUUACUCGGGAACAGCAGGAGAUAAGUUAUCACACCACAAUAACCAGGCCUUCUCGACCAAAGACCGAGACAACGAUGCAUCUAGUGGUAACUGUGCUGAGCUAGGCCACGGAGCCUGGUGGUACCGUUCCUGCACCUACUCCAAUUUGAACGGGAGAUACUACAAUGAGGCCUCUAUAAGCGCAUACGGAAUUAGGUGGCGUGGCUUUUCGGGUUACCGCUCACUCAAAACAACUGAGAUGAAGAUUAGAAGGAAAGUUUAGUCCUUAAUUAAGAUGGACACCAUUAU